AUUUUGCACAACUGCAUCGGAUUGGACAAUUUACAAGCUGUUAUCAAAGUCAUCAAUGUGACAGAAUGAUCGGAUGUGCGGGGAGUUCGUGAUAAGUGACGUCACAACAGUCCUUCCUCCAAUAGCUACCCUACGAUGAGUAUUGUGAUCCAUGAUGGAGAUGACUACUCAUGCAAACGGAGGGAGAUGUCAUAUUAUACUCUUUGGAGAUAAUCCCAUGGAACAAGAUUCACGAGAAGUUGAACCAGACGACCUCACUGUGAUGUCAGCCGCAGGCGGCGAACUCAGCAUGACCAUUUAUCAUCUACCGAGUCCCACGAAGAAGUCGGACCAGAAUACAAUUUCCAUGACACCUGUAAACCACUGACUUACUGACUACUACAUAUUAUUGCUCAUCUGAGCUGGAACAUCCCAUAUUCGACUCACAGCAAUGGCAGCAACAUCCCAGGCUGCGAACUUAGUUGAGAAGGCGGUUGGACACAGCGGCAAUGCUACUGUCACCACCGAUGUGAGCAAUUACGCCAAGCCAGGAACUGGCCAAGAGACGGGAGAGAAGAUCAAGGCCACCACCUGGCAGGGGAAAAACUCCGUCGAGGUGGUGGAAAUGCCCAAGCCAAGAGUUAUCGACGAGGGGGACGUGAUUGUGAAGGUCACCGGUAGCACGAUCUGUGGAAGCGAUCUCCAUCUUUAUCAUGGUGUCAUUCCGCAACUCGAAAAAGGCGAUGUGCUCGGCCACGAAUUCUGCGGUGUUGUGGAAAGCGUCGGACCUGGAGCGAAGAAUGUCAAGGUCGGAGAUAGAGUCGUAGCAGCUUUCCCCAUUGCCUGCGGCCAAUGCACGAACUGCAAGAAAGGACUGACCUCCGUCUGUGAACGGACCAACGAAAACACUCUUACUAAUGCCCUGUAUGGGAAGCGCACUGCAGGCAUAUUCGGCUACAGCCAUUUCACGGGUGGCUUCGCUGGAGGCCAAGCCGAAUAUGUCCGUGUGCCAUAUGGCGAUCAAAAUCUGCUAGGACUUCCCGAUGAUGUUCCCGAUGAGAAGGGUCUGUAUCUCUCUGACGUCCUUUCCACAUCGUAUCACUGCGUGGUCGACACCGGAGUCGACAAGGGCGACGUGGUUGCCAUCUGGGGUGCAGGGCCGAUUGGCCAAAUGGUGGCCAACUUCAGUUUUAUGCAGGGCGCCAGCCGAGUGAUCCUCAUUGACGGUGGCGACGCAGCGUGGCGCUUGGACUUUGUCAAGAGUAAAUUGCCCAAGGUGGAAACGAUCGAUUUCACCAAGCUGCCUCGCGGUGAAACCAUCACCUCCCAGUUGAAGAAGGUGGUCCCCGGUGGGCCAGAUGUGGCGUUGGAAUGUGCAUCUGGAGAAUUCGCAAAGGGAUGGGCGCACUACUUCGAGGUUCUCCUGGGCUUGGAGACCGAUACUUCGGAGAUGUUGAACGAGAUGAUUACUUCCGUCCGGCCCUAUGGACGGAUCGGCGUUACUGGGGUCUACACUGGCUUUACCAACCACUUCAAUAUUGGUGCUUUGAUGCAGACUGGCGUCCGCUUGAUCGGCAACGGUCAAGCUCCCGUGCACCGAUACUGGAAGCAUCUGCUGGAGCUCAUUCGCAAGGGAGAGCUCAACCCCUUGGACAUGGUCACGCAUCGAGUCCGCCUGGAAGACAUGUCCAGACUGUACGAACUAUUCAAUAGUCGUGAGGGAGGCAUCCAGAAGGCGUUUGUCGUGACCAAAAAUUCAUUCCCCCCAGCCGAAGGAGCACCCGCUCUGGUUGAGCUGUGAUAUGAUGGUUCAGGGAGACUUCUUGACAGUUUUAUGUUUAUUGUUCUAAAACUGAUGGUGUAUGACCCCAAACUGUAUACUGUAAUGUGCAAAUGAAAUCAAUUC